AUGGCCGAAUUAUUUAACGCCAGUGAACCUUGGAUGGAGUUUGACCGAGGUCAUAUUGGUGGCGAUGGGAUUGCAAUCCGCAAAUGCAGCGCGGACUUUCUUUCUGCAUUAUACAAAGCCUAUGAUAGUCUCGUCACUGGCUCCGUUGACUCUAUUACUGCACACGGUCUUCAGAAAUCUAUCAGUCAAGAAUUACACCGACUUCAGCUUUACCCAACCCUUUAUCCAGCGCCAGAAGUCCAGUCUCGAUUUUGUAAGCUCCUGGUAGGUGGGCUUCAAAAGUAUAUUGGCGGAACAUUCGAGGUUAUGCAAGAUGCCGAUUUGGAUGAGGACAAUCUCAUUGCAAGAGAAAUGGAUAAAGUCCUUAAUUUUCUAAAUCAACGAAGCUAUAAAGAAAAUCUGCUACCAUGGGAGCAAUUCCUUUUGAGAGGUAGCCCUGGAAGUGGUGUGAAGCUGCCGAAUCCCCCACCCAAUGCUAUUGUCCGACUUAUGCCGAUCGGCGGUGUUGCUCUCCAUUUGAGAUGGCUGAGAGCUAGGUAUUUAGUUGGAAAGAAGUGCCGUGAGGUGAGCGGCUUUGAAGAACUGAAAGUGUCCUGCUACGCUAACUUCUCAAGUCUACGGUUCCCGAUGGUGACAUUCUACGCUGCGCUGCUGCAACCGCUCUAG